AUGGCGCCCAACAAUCUUUUCUUCACGUUGUUUCUCUACGUCCCUCUUCUUCUGUUCAUCCGCAACGUCUUUGCACAAGACGCUCCACUGUUCGUUCAGGGAGGCUUCGAAGAUGCAACUGCCACCGAUGACACCUACAAUUCAGGAGGAACUAUCACUGUGAAUGGCUUCAACAUUCAAGUACCCAAGAACCUUCAAGUCCAGUUCCCUGCAGCAUGGGUACCUUGGAAGGACUUCACAGCCGACAAACAGUCCAUGUUGGGCUAUGAGAUCAACGUUAUUGGAAACUUCAUCAACGGCAAGCCGAUUGCAGCCCAAGUCAUUGCCUACGAGUUCUUUGAGGGACUCAGCAGUGGAUUCAUUGAGUCUUUGAACUUUGCUGAGGGAACCAUGAAGAUUGUCUCGGGUCCCACUGUUCGCAUCAGUGAUCCCAAUGCCGUCUUCUCCGUCGGAUACACCCAAGCACCUUUCUUUACCGCUGAUGAUGAAAACCCGAGCAUCUCUUCUUUCUCUGGCUUUCCCAUGUGUAUCCCAAGAAGCACAUCUGACCCGCUUUGCCCAUCUACCAACCGCCCCUUCCAGGGCUCCGGUACAUUUUCCGUCCCAGACCCACUUUCCAUGGCACCCUUCCUCGUCGGCGACUUUGUCACUUUCUCAGGCAUCCGCCGUGGUAACGAAGUCAUUGCCUACAGCAUCGUCGCCCAGAAUGUCAUGAUCACCACACUGGGCGAUCUUGUCUACCUACGCAUGGAACUCGGUCUCCUCGGCAUCGACAACAUCAGCCCCAACACCGAGCUCGCAGAGUCUCGCUUCGUCGGAUUCGCAUCCAACCCACGAACCACCGUCGCCCUCUACGCAAUGGACACUGACCCUUGCACCGGCAAAGUCACAGACCGCAUCAUCGCAACCAUGGGUCUCCGCGGUGGCCGCAACGAGCAAAACAAAUUCGAAUACCGAUCUGACAUUCUCGGUGGCUACGCACGCGAAUACCGGGUUGUCGCGGAAAUCAACGGUGUGCCCAAGACACGCACGACCAAGAACGGUCUUCUGGCUGGCACUUAUGUUCAGCCUAUCAACGUCUGGGUCCACGGCGAGCAGGUCGUCCCCGGAACUGCGCCACCAGCCAAUGACUUUAGCCAGAUGCCAUGGUUGACUAACGGCAUUGGUGUUGACGAGAACGGCAACUUGUGGGGUCCUUUGGAUCCCUUCCCUCAGACGGGUGUGUUCAUUGAUCCUCCUCAGUGCGGACCUACGAGCUCGUUGAUGUUCGAAGGUGACAACUUGAACACUACCUGGACUCCUUCUGGUAAGUCUCCAUCCCAUCCCCUAUCCCUUGUAGCUCUCACGCGAUAUCAGUGCUAA